GUCCCUGAAAAGAAAACAUCUUUGCGAAAAUAUGAUCUUUCUUUGCAAGAAGAAGCUAUCUCAGAUGAAAAGGUUUCUUCUAAAGAAAUUCUUGAGACAGAAGAGACAGAUAUUUCCAAGGUGGAAGAAAUGGUUCCAGAAGCUAAACAUGCUGCCAUUAAAAAAGGGGAGAAACCAAAAUCGAAGGAAGUACCAGCUCAUAAGGAAGCUACUAAAAAGGUUAUCGAAAAAGAAAUGCCCCCCCAUGCUUUGGAAAUGGCUCCCAAACAAGUAAUAUCUGAUAAAGAAGACAUUCUUCCAAGUGAAAUGAUCUUUCAGAAACAACGUAUACAAAAAAUUAAGAAAACUGAUGAAAUUUGUCAAGAUAAAAUAUUGAUUUCUGAUCAAGAAGCAAUGGUACCAGGCCAGAAAAGUCUUAGUGCAAUGAUUGAAGCUUCAUCUUUAAGAGUGCCAGAACAAGAAAAGAAGAUUGUUCCUGAAAUAGCCCCUGAAUCAGUUGGUCCUCCAAAAGUGCCAACAGCUGAGAAGAAAGCUGUGCCUGAUGUACCAAAACCAGUCCCUGAUCAUCUUGCUGAGAAAGUUUCUCCACCCAAAGUGCCAGAAGAAGUGAAAAAGGUUCCAGAAAAACCAACAGCACAAAUCAAGAAACAAUUAAAGGCAGUUCCAGGUACUUUAAUUAAAUAAACAGCAUUCUGCCAUUCCUUCUUGGUUGAUGUUUGUGAAUGGAAAUGUAGUAAAUGUACAAUCUUGUUGAAGUGACAGAAGAAGUGAAAAAGGUUCCAGAAAAACCAAAAGCUACAAUCCAACAAGUGGAGAAAGAAUUAAAGGAAGUUCCAGAACCAGACAAGAUCACUAUACCUGAAGUCACUCCUGUUUCAGUCAAAGAUAUUGCACCUCC